CACCUGUCCUGGGGACAGAGGGCUGCCAGGCUGGUGAGCCCAAACCUGCUCUGAGCAGUCGCUGCGAGGGGGCAGAGCCAGCACCUCCUGCACAAUGACGCUGACCCAAGCCGAGAAAGCCGCCGUGGUCACCAUCUGGGCCAAGGUGGCCACCCAAGCUGAUGCCAUUGGGGCAGAAUCCCUGGAGAGGCUUUUCUCCAGCUACCCCCAGACAAAAACCUACUUCCCUCACUUUGAUCUGAGCCAAGGCUCAGCUCAGCUCCGUGGCCACGGCUCCAAGGUCAUGAGUGCCAUCGGGGAGGCUGUGAAGCACAUCGAUGACAUCCGCAAGGCUUUGGCCAAGCUCAGCGAGCUGCAUGCUUACAUCCUCAGGGUGGACCCUGUCAACUUCAAGCUGCUUUCCCACUGUAUCCUGUGCUCCGUGGCUGCCCACUACCCCAGUGACUUCACUCCAGAAGUUCAUGCUGCGUGGGACAAGUUCCUGUCCAGUGUUUCCUCUGUUCUGACGGAGAAGUACAGAUAAAUGACCUCAGCAGAGGGUGAGGGAGGCCCAUCCACAGCCCAGCCCUGCUGCCACGCUCUGGGAUAUCACCCCUUCCUGGGCAGCUCUUUAAAUCCCUGCUGCAAGGGCUCAGUCAUCUGCAAAACUCAAUAAAUAAUUCAAAUGUGAGCUAUGGUCUCUGUGCUUUCCUCUUGGUGUGUUCUGCCCACUCCUGACUGUUCAGGCAGGGGUGUUCUGAAAUGUCUGCACAAUAUGGAGGGGGAAAUAUUAAACUUCAUAAACUCAUGUACUAAUUCAUAUACUAAUGAACUCAUACUAAGUCAUGUGCCAAUUCAGUGGGGGUAACAUAACAUUCAGUGGGAGCAAUAUAGCAUUGAGCAGAAGCCCAGAACAGGCUGGAGCC